GCAGCAGAGGAAGCUGAAGAAAAUAGAAGGAUGUUCAAGUUAAAGAGGCAGAACAAGAACUUAGCUGCUACUUCUACUACCAAGUCUGGAGAGAAGUUUGAUUUUAGCUUCUCCAAUUUUCAAGCCCUGCAGGUACCAGAAGGAUGGGACAAGCUUAUAGUGUCUAUUAUAUCUGUGGAGACUGGAAAAACAAUUGCAAAGUCGAACAAAGCACCAGUUCGCAAUGGUACCUGUCAAUGGACGGAUACUUUGUCAGAAUCCUUGUGGAUUCCACAGGAUGAUUCUUCGAAUGAGCUUGAGGAGAUACUCUUAAAGCUUGUCAUUUCCAUGGGAUCUGCUAGGUCUGGCAUCCUUGGCGAAUCUGUUGUCAAUAUGGCAAGUUAUAAGCGUUCAAAAGCGUUUUCUCCAGUUUCAUUGCCACUCAAAAAAUGCAUUUACGGCACCAUUCUACAGGUUCAAAUUCAAUGCCUAACACCAAGAACAGAAGUCAGGGAUCAAGGGUCAAAAUACUCAAAUUCAGAUGUUGAAGCUCGUGUGGAAGAUCAUACCGACAGUGUAAACAAUUCAAAUGAAAGAAGCCUCAGGUCUCAGUCAAGUCAAGAUUUGGGCUUUACCUCGCAUCCAGAAAACUUGGGGAGCACAGAAACAAGUUACCUGGCAUCUGGUUCACAUCAUAGCUUCGUCUCUGAAGAGGGUUCUAUGAGGGAGGGGAACCUCUCACCAAAUGAUUCCAGUAGUGUCCGGUACAAUAUGGUCGGAAGACAAGUUGAGGCCAGGUCUGGAAAUAGAUUACCUGAAGGCAUGUACCCUGCUGAUGACUAUUUUGGAUCAUAUCAGUCAUCCUUAAAUUCUCGGCUCACUCAUUCAGUAGAUGAAUCUCAAAAUUAUGAAGAAGAGCUUGGACAAAGUUCUUCAGUUCCUCUAGGCACGGCAUCUCUGACAAAUGCUGGCUCCUCCAGAAAUCUUCUGGAAGCUGCAGAAGAUACUAUAGAAGAACUUCGUAAUGAAGCUAAGAUGUGGGAAAGAAACUCCCAAAAGCUAACACUUGAUCUGGAUAUAUUAAAUGAGCAAUUUCAUUCUCAGUCCAAAAAACAAACCAAUUUGGAGAUGGAGCUUUUGACAUCGCACAAAGUUCAAGAUGGAAUGAAGAAAGAAAUAGAUCAGUUAAAGUUAUUGCUGGAGGAAGUAGUUCUGAAAAAAACAACCUCCAAGCGCGCAACAAGUGACUUGGAAGAUGUUAUUCAAGGACGAAAGGAACUGGAAAAAGAGUUGAAGUACCAGAAAGAAGAGAAUACUCAUUUGGCUGUGCAAUUAGAUAUGAGUCAAGAGUCAAAUAUUGAAUUGCUUUCUGUUCUUCAAGAGUUGGAAGAGAUCAUAGAGAAACAGAAAGUUGAAAUUGAGCAUCUGUCCAAGCAACAGCUGAGAUUCACUGAAUUAGAAGGUUCAAUUGAAGGACAUUUAGAAGAAAACAGGAUCUUCUCACUUCAAUUGCAGCAGUUGCAGGAAUCGGAGAAAAGGCUACUUGUUAACGUUCAAUCGCUUGAACAAGACCUGGAAGCCAAAAAUAGUGAAUUGGAAAAUGAGCGAAGAUCAUAUGAGCAGUCCCUAUUGGAUAUUGAGCAAGAAUAUAGACAAAAACUAUCUGUUGCUGAAGAAGAUGUGGUCAAAUUAAGUGCAAACCUGACAGAGUCUCUUGCAGUGAUAGAAAAAGAGAAAUUGGAGUGCAGUAGCGGAAGCAGCAUGGACUUGAUCAAUGAAAUCAAAGAGUUAAAAGAGAUGAUGCAGGAGCUAGAAAUUAACUGUAGUGAGCUAACCAGUGAAAAUUUAUCCCUCCUGUGCAAGCAAAAGGAACUGGAGAAAGUGAGCGAAGAAGCUCAACUGGACAAUUCUAUAACGUCUACUGAACUUCUAAAGCAGAUUGACUUGACCUUUUACAACAUAAAGAGGUCAUGGUAUACCAUUCCUUUUGAGGUAAAUGACGAGUGUGAAUCUCAUUAUAGUGAUUUGGUAAACAGAAACCACCCUGUAGCUUCGAAAGGUUGGGUUGAAUCUCUUUGCAGCUUCUUUGUAGAGGUAAACAAAGUACUAGAAGCUAAAAUCAGUAAGUGCGAAGAAGUUCUAAAGAGUAGUGCCCUUGAGAUGAACACGAAAGAGAAAACUAUUGCAGAAGCUAAACAUCAGAUGGUGCUCCUCAGUCUAAAGAAUCAAGAACUUGGGAAUUCAAACAUUGUGCUACAGGCUAAACUCACGGAGCUACAAGUGGAAUUGGCUAAACAGUCAUCUGAGGUACAGCUACUGGAAUCUGAUAUUCUGUCAAAGGAAGAGCAGAUAAAUCUGUUAGAACAAGGUCAGAUAGAACUAAACAAUCAGGUUUCGGGUAUGAAGAAGGAAAGGGACCUAUUGCAAGAGAACAUGGACAUUGUAGUAAGUGAAAGUAACAUGAAUUCGAAAUGCUUGGAUGAUCUACAAACUGAUCUUAUUGCACUUAGAAGCAGUGUAGCUUCACAUGUUACUGCUAACAGGAAUCUUCAAAGAGAAAUAUCAGAACAUGAGGCUGGAAAAGAAGAACUGCAACUCCAUCUACUCAAAGUAGAGGAAGAAAAUGUGAAAUUGACAGAAUGCAUAUCUGGUUUGGAAGCACAACUGAAGAUUGUCAAGGAUACAAAUAAAUCUAGUCAACUGGAGCUAGAGAAUUCUAAAUCGGUUGCAACCGCUCUCCAAGAUGAUAUCAGAAGAUUGAGAUUUGACAUUGAGAAGGAUAAAUCUAUUCAGCAAGCAGAACUAAAGAAUAUUGAAACUAGAUUAUCAGAAGCUCAAGAGGAGUGUGAAUACCGAAAAAUAGCUUAUCAGAAGUCACAAGCAUCAGGGCAAAGUUUAGCUGAGACCUGCAGUACUCUUCAGAAAAUGAAUGAAGAACUGAGGAAGCAAAAUCUAGAGUUUUAUGAGAAUUCCAAAUCUGUGACAAUCAGCCAUCAAAAUGAGAUCAGAACUUUGACAGAAAAGAUGGAGGGACAAAAGACUUUUCUGAAAGAGAAUUCACAGGAUUUGGAAAAUCAACUGCGAAAAGCUCAAGAGGAGUAUGAAUUUCAGAAAAUAGUUUAUCAGAAGUCACAAACAUCUGUUGAGAGUUUGACGAAGAAUUGCAGUACGCUUCAGAAACUAAAUGAAGACUUGAGGAAGCAAAAUUUGGAGUUGCACGAGAAUUCCAAAUUUGUUGUGAUGAAACUUCAAGAUGAGGUCAUAAGAUUGACAUUGGAAAUGGAUACAGAAAACAACAUUCUGCAAGAGAAGUUACAAGAUAUGCAAAAGCGACAAUCUGAAUUUCAAGAAGAGUGUGAGUACCUGAAAAUAGCUUAUCAGAAGUCACAAGCAUCUGGUGAGAAUUUAUCGCAGAGGUGCAGUACACUUCACAAAUUGAAUGAUGAAUUACGAAACCAAAACAUGGACUUGCAUGAGAAUUCCAAAUCUUUCACAAUUAGCAUUCAAGAUGAAAUCAGAAGAACGACAGUAGAGAUGGAGACACUAAACAAUGCUCUGCAAAAGAAAUUGCAGGAUAUGGAGAAUCGACUGUCUGAAGCUGAACAGGAGUGUGGAUAUCAGAAAAUGUCUAAUCGAAAGCUACAAGCAUCUACUCUAAAUCUCUCUGAGAGCUGCAGCACUCUUCAGAAAAUAAAUGAAGAUCUGAAGAAGCAAAUAUCGGACUUGAAUGAGAAUUCCAAGUCUGUUGCAAUAGGUCUGCAAGAUGAGAUCAGAAGAUUGACAGUGGAGAUGGAGGCAGAAAAGAUGGUUCAACAAGAGAAAUUACAGGACAUGGAAAACAAGCUAUCAGAAGCCCAAGAAGAAAGUGAGUACCAGAAAAUGACUAAUCAGAAGUCACAGAAAUCUGCCAUGGAUCUCUCUAAGAAAUGCAAUAAGCUUCAGGAAAUAAAUGAAGAAUCGAGGAAGAAAAUCAAGGACUUGCACGAGCGAUGUACUUUCCUGGAAACCAGUUUGAGGGAAUCACAGGAACAUUUGUCCAACUCCUCCCAAAAGACUGAAAGUCUAGAAGCAGAACUUUCUUCUAUCCUAGAAGAAUUUGCAGUAAAGGAGAAAAGCCUGACCUCUGAACUAGAUGUACUUCUUCAAGAAAACGGGGAACAAAAGAAGAAACUUAUCAUGGGAGAAACCUUGCUAAAUCAGAUGUACAUGGAAAAGACAGCUGAAGUUGGGAACCUCCAAAGCGAGGUGGAAAACCUUAUUAACCAAAUUUCUGCUACCAAUGAUGAAAGAGAUAAAAUAGCUUCUGAAGCUGUAAAUGAAGUUACCAAGUUACAAUCUGACAAAGAAAAGUUGAAUUGCGUUCUUCAAGAAGUGAUUUCCAGAGCCAAAGUGACAGAAGACGAGCUUGAUAGAAUCCAAACAGAAUAUGAAGCCAGGGUUCAAGAUCUGAUUUCUGAGCUUGCACGUUCCAAACAGAGCCAUGCCGACUAUGAAAUAGUCUUAAAGAGACUAACAAGUUACAGGUCUAGUCAAGAAAAACUCAAGACAUCAGUAAAUAGUCUUGAGCUGAAACUGACAGUAUCUGAAUAUGAACGGCAACAACUAAUAAACGAAAUUGCUGGUCUGAAGGGUCAGAUACGGAAUCUAGCACACUGUCAGGACAAUUCAAUUUCUUUAGAGAAGGAACUUGACGAAUAUAAGUGUGAGAAGGAAAAGCUGGAAGCUUUACUGCAUUCAUUAUCUAUAGAUAACGAAAACCUAAAAGCUGAAAUUAACUCCCUUCAAGAAAAAGAUUCUACCUUCCAGAAAGUAAUGUCCGAGUUUGAGGACUGCAAACACAAAAGAACUACGUUGGAAGAAAAGCUUCUGCAUAUGGAGCAUGAUCUAAUAGCAAAGGAAGCAUCAAAAGCAGAGGAUGAAGAGCUGAGAAAUGAACUCGGGAGAAUGAAGAGAGUAAACAAGCAAUAUAAGAGGACAAUACUACAGAUUGAGGUUGAAAAGGAAGAAUUGUUGAAGAGAGUUCAAAUGUGUAAUGAACAAGUGAAGCUGAUGGAGGCAGAACAACAGGAUCGAAGUAGCACAGGCAAGAACAAUACUGCUAGUGAGGAUUUUAUGGCAAAGGUAAAAUUACUUGAGGAUGAGCUUGCUGAGGCUCUCGAGGCAAAUAACAGAUAUAAGCUUCAGCUUCAGAGUAUUUUCUCUGAUGGGCUGCACAGUCAUUCAGGUGGACCUAGGAAGUCCGUAUCUGGUACUGAGGUGGCUGCAAAUGAAAGAUACGAGAGGACAAAGUCAUCUUUAGAGAUUGAGAUAGUAGACCUUCGUGAUCGUUACUUUCAGAUGAGUCUGCAAUAUGCUGAAGUGGAGGCUCAGCGCGAGGAUCUUGUGAUGAAGCUCAAAGCAUCCACUAAUGGAAAGAGGUCGAGCUGAGACCAUGCCUUUCUACCUAAAUAAUGAAGGUGAGUGGGGUUUGAUCAAAAGAUAAGCAGGUUCUUGGGAGCGAAAAAUAUGAUCUGGUUUAGUUAACUUGCUUGCAGGACUCUAUUUCUAAAAAAGUGAAUGUCAAUCUCAAUAGGUUUGAUAAUUUUCACAAAUAUAGGUAUAAUUCUACUGAUGCUAAACAUAUUCUGUAAGCCAAAAGGCCAAGUAAUUUCCCGAAGAGCAUUAGUCAUGACUCAUGACCCUUGUUCUUAGGAAAGGAUCAAUUUUUGCUUAACUAAGCAAAAGGGUUUCUCAUUACACAUGAAAACCAUGAUGUCCUUGAAAAGCAUUACGCAAUCAACAAAAACUGUACAAAACCUUACUUUGCAUGGCAAAAGGAGAUUUAUUAGUAGCCCUACCAUAAAAUGAAAUCUUGCUCAGAGAAGAAAAGGGCUGAAGAAAAGUAGGGGAAAUGGCUUACCUAAGUGAAAUGAGAAUGACUUUAAUCUAAUAAACUAUUCACUUGGUGCUCUAUGACAGAUCUAAUAAACUAUAAUGGAAAUGAUAGUAAUUUAAGUUACUGAUUAUAUACACAAGUUGCUGCAUCUUGUAAUUUCAUUAUUUACAGAUGAGUAGAGGGCGUACGGAUGUGGCUAAAAUCUAAAUAUAACAAAUUCUUUAGAAUACAAUAUGAUCCUGAUAAGGCCUCCCCCCAACUGAGUACGAGACAGUGUAAACAAACUACACCUGUGAAGUAUAAUAAUGAGGGAGUUUAAUAAAUAAUGCAUGGCAAAUGUAAAUCGAAACACUUAAAAAGUAGGGUUUGUGGCUGUCAUCUGAUGUGGACUAACAGUGAAGGCACCAAUGGCAUAUGCCUUGGAAGAUGCCUCUUUUUCUCCCCAUCUCAUUCUUUCAUGCUUCUUGUUUUCUUCAAGAAGUGGCUACUCAAUUCCUCCCCUAUAUAACCACCAACACAACUGAACUCCUUACCACCUCUUCAAGACUUCCAUCCACAAUGUAACGAGGGGUUUUCGCUUGUCGGAGACUCCUGCCAGUGGCAGAGGAAGCGGCAGGCAGUGGUGUCUCAUCUCAUGUCUGUCAAUCAUGCAUUUCCCCGGAUGAGGAAGGCUUGAUCCUGUGACAGGGCAACUUCGAUCCUUUGGCAAUUUUCGAACCCUCGACUUCUUUAGCAGAAUCAGGGAAUCACUCAAGGGCAAGGCAGAUUAUAUGUAGUACUGCACUUCUUUAUAUAUGAGUGGUUUGUAAACUUGAACUUCAGUUUUUGUGUUUUGAUGUUGUUACAGUUUCUGUCAGAGCUCAUUUCUAAAUCUUCAAAAUUAAAGAGUCCGGGUAGCAUGAACAAAUAAAUUGUUGAUUUCAACAUGCAUCUCAUUUCGAUUAUGCUUGUAUUGUAUAUGUAAUCUGCAUGUAAUAUUAUGAUUUCUAACGUUUGAGUUAUUGAUCUCUUUCAAA